UGAUAAAAUAAAGUUGAGCGCCUAAAUUUCUUAACUUGUGAAAAAUGUUUUGUCAAGAGUAUGGUUUUUCCCGCCAUUGUGGUUACAAACCAUAACAACUAUCAUUAUACGAACUUUUUUACCCAGCAUUUGCAAUAGCUCAUAAUCUAAUUUGACCACCCAUAGAAGAUGCCUGGCGUAGAAGACUGGAUUGAGAAGCCUUUGACAGUGAUUCAAACGGUUGUUGAACGGUUUCCAGCAGGAACAUACGAAAUAACAAAAGUGAAAGAAUAUUUCUCCAAAAAGUUGCAGUCAGAAGAGGCAUUGGCCUGGGUACCCAGCAUCAACAGCUGCCGAUUGCACCAACUUACUGAUAGCAGCCUUGUGCGUUACCGCUGUAUGGUGCAAGACAUGUUUGGCCCUGAGCUAUACCUUGCCACAUAUUCGGUGAAGAACCUUUCUACAGGAGCUGUAACUUUCAGGUCUGGACAUUACCAGGACAUAGCUGCAUGUGGCUCAGAGGAAGAAAUACAGCCCAGUGCUCCAGAAAACAUCACUAGAGAAAGAGCCACACUAUACUGUGUUCCCAUUCCAGGAGAGACAACUUGGGUCAAAACUCAUUAUGCCAGCCAGUGUAGAACAACAGUGCAUUCUUCCUCCUCAAGCUCACUCUGCAGAAAUAAGAGGGUUAGAGGUGAAGAGGAAGACAAAGCGUGUGAUGAAGCAAUGGAUGAGGAGUUUUCUGAAAAUAGCCAUAACAGAAGAGGUGAUAUCAAGUUAAAAAAGACUUCGCAACCAUCAGGAAAUCAAUCAGCAGACAGCAACAAUGGUACCCAAUCGACUAAACUUCCAGAUUUAAAUUUUCCAUUGCCAUCGGAAUCUGGGCAAGCAUGUCUUGUUAAGGUUUACGGCGAGGAUGAAAGUUUAAAAGUAAAUGACAUGUUGGAGGUUAUAGGUAUAUUGUCAGUAGAUCCAUCCAUUGCUGACAAUGAUUCGACUGAUGAUGAUUUAAUGAAUGCAUCAGAAAAGGCAGCUCAUGCCCCACCCCCUUCACUUGUGCCACGAGUGCAUGCUGUUCUUGUCAGAAAACUCUCCCACAACAAUCCACUUCUGCCUCCAGAUCUGUUACCUGGCAAUCCGGUUGUUGCAAGGCUUCAGGCAGGGUGUGAAAUGCUUCGAUCACAGUUGUUGUCAGUGUUGGAGCAUGCACUGUGUGGGGAUGCACUGGCAGCAGAAUAUUUAUUGUGUCAUCUUGUAUCUGGCAUAUACGCAAGAGCAGAUGUGAUGCCAUUGGGAAAGUUGAGUCUGAAUCUCAGUGGAUCAUUAGCAAAGGCUGGGCUUGCUGCAGGCCUGAACAGACUGAUAACUUCUCUAAAAACACAAAGCCAUCUACUACCACUGUCGCUAAACAAAAUGAACACUCUGCAUCUUGCCCCACGCAAAGAUUAUGAUGCAGAUCGACUUAUCAGUGGCCAGUUGCAGCUUGGAGGGGGCACUCAUCUUAUUCUAGAUGAAGUAGCUAUGGACAGUGGUACACUUGAAGCAACUGGUGUGCAAAAUGUGAGAGCAUUGAGUGAUGUUAUACAGUGGCAAAAAGUGUCUUAUGACUUCAAGUAUCAUACCCAAGACUUCUCUGUUGAUAUCCCUGUACUUCUUGUCUCAGAAGGACAGUCUUUUCUACCGAAAGAUGUUCAUGUCCCACUUCAACCUUGUCAUCAGCCAGAGGACCUUGACUGUCAUGUUCAGUCACACUUGUCACAGAUCUCAGAUGAUGUAAUCAAUCAGAUGCGAGCAUUUAUCACUGUCUGUCAAAAGAUGAACUACAGCAUGGAUGAUGGCAUACAACAGGAGCUUCAGGAGGAGUUUGUUCGUGUGAGAAAAGAAAACCCAGCAGCAAUGAGUGUGAAUGAUUUUCAUAGACUUCUCUCUCUUGUGAGGUUGUUAACACUGAGCCACUGUGCUGGUCAGAGUACAUCAGAGAUAUUGCAGAGAGCUUUACACAUGGAAAGGGAACGAUGUGCACGAAGCCAAACUCAGCAGCCAUUGUAAACAAUAAAUAGGCCACACAGAACUUUGAAAGCUAAAAGUGAACUGUCUUAAAGGGUAUGUACUGGAGUAAGGUUCACACCUCUUGGGAGUUGGGAGAAAUGGCGAGGCUCGAUGAAGGUGCGGGGAGGAGGAAGGUCAGCAUGACCAACGCUGUGGGAGGAGAGGGACUAGGGUACGUGAAAGACGACAGCAAAAUCAAUAGGAUUGAUUCUUUAGAGCGCAUAUGAUGGUGAAUGGUGCAGAUUGUUGGUGUUGAACUCAUGACACUGGGUUGUGGGGGUAGAGGCACUUCGGUUUCUGUGUGCUACACAGUCCUUGAUUUUCUAGUAAUACACAUUCUGCAAAACGCUUUAGACUGGUGGGUGGAUGACGACGAAUUGAAAAUAAAAAUUUCUUUGGCUAAAGAUUUGAAGUUUCUCAUUUAGCUGUUUGCCUUCUUGACUUGGGAGCCCUUCAUGAGGAUAAGCCCUGGGGUGCUCUAUACCUUUUGCAGUGAAUGUAUAUGUUCUAGAAUAUCCACAGACAAAUAAACACCAGGCACUUUAUGGAUGAGCUAGUCUCCUACCAUGCCUAGUCCACAUUUGUCAAACACACCACGUAGCUUGGUUACAAAUGCUUUCUAACGCUGCUUCCAGAGAAAAGGUUGUCCGUCCACCUAAUUUUGCACAAGACAGCGAAUGGAACAUACACUUGAUCAGGUCGAUAUGAAGUAGAUGCACUAUGAAACAUCCCAGUUCAAUAAAGAACUUGUUUGCAGAAGGUAUGUACACGUUGCGCUGCCUGUUUCUUAGCUACGGUAUGAACCAGAUCGUUAAUGCAGUCUCUUCACCUGUUCAUAUUGUAGCUUGUUUGUCCUCAGAACAUCAGCAAGGGAAGAAAAGCUAACCAUUUAAAUGUACACCUCCCGAAGUUAGUAGAAGUAUCAGCUGUCGUAAAACCACAGACAACAACAAAAAUAAUGAUAAGUUUACAGAAUGCCAAGGGAGACGGUAGCAGAAAAUCGUACAAACUGACAAACGCUCAAGCCAGACAGUUCAGAGUGCAGCAGCACCAGGAAAAGAAGGUAAAAAUCAACAUACAUGUGCAUAUAUUCAAUCUGAUAGUCGGCUGGGAGAAAAAAAAAUCCUUUCCUUUGCCGGGAAAGAGGGGAGGGCGGAGAGAGAAGAGAACUAAAGGGAGGGUUGAUCAAGGAGGAAGGCGAGUUCAGUACCUCCGUGCUCGUUAAGUGCGUUCCUCUCUCGAACCUCCACCGCUCCACCCCAACGAUCUUAACAAAACAAAGGCGUAGAAGAAUCUUCAUUACAGAGCCUCGUGAACUGAUUAUUAGUUUCUGCCUGACGACGCUUCAGAAUGAGCGAGUGUAGGUGGUGGUGACAAAGGAAGGGUUUGUAACCGUAAUUUAACAGACAAUUCGAGCUUCUUUU